AUGUCGAAGAUUUUUUGCUUGUCCUUCUUGAUCAUCGCUCUGGCCGUCGGCUGCAAUGGCUACUGUUACAGCAACCAAUUUGAGUGUGACAGUGGCUACUGCAUAAGCAGCUCCUACCGCUGCGACGGAGAUUAUGACUGUAGCGACAGGAGCGACGAAAGUGGCUGUACCACCUACAGCUACUGUUAUAGCUACCAGUAUGAGUGUGACAGCGGGCAGUGUAUUAGCGACUCUGGCGUAUGUGACGGAUAUGACGACUGUUAUGAUGGUAGCGAUGAAGAUGGAUGUGCCGACGCUGCUGCCGCAGUAGGUCUGGCUAUUGGUCUCUCUGUCUUCUUCUGCGUCCUCUUCUGUGUGAUUAUCCCCAUCGCCAUAUGUGUCCUGAUAUACUGCUGUGUUGCUGGUCCUCUCCACUAUGCAAUGGCCAGUCGACCAACGACCGUGAAUACUGUUACCACAGCACCAGCCACUGGCGCUACUGUUGUCACUGCAAAUACAGUGCAACAGCAACAAGUGAAGGCCGCCUACCCUCCCCCUGCGUAUCCCCAGCCAAUGCAGCAGUAUCCACCAGUGCAGCCACCACUCUAUCCAGUCCAGUAG